AUGGCCACCAAGGCAUUAGCAACUUGGGCACUAGCCCUCCAGUUCAGCAAUCUCACCGCACCUGUCAUUGAGAUCGCUGUCAACAGCGUCUCCAACUGGGCUGGGUGCGCAAUUGCUGGCUAUGAGCAGCCGGCCUCUGUUCACGCAAUGGAUGCAGUUUUGCCAUUCGUGGUCCCUCAGGGAAACUCGACUAUCCUGGGAACAGACUUGUCUGUGGAUGCGCAAACGGCGGCUUUCAUAAAUGGAAUUGCGUCCCACGCAGACGACUACGACGACACGCAUAGAGACAACCCGAUCCAUCCCUCCGGCCCUGUUAUGUCAGCUCUUUUGGCCGUUGCAGAGUGGAAGGGCUCAAUUACUGGAGAGGAAUUCCUAGCUGCCUUCGUGGCUGGCGUCGAGGCCGAAUGUAAGAUUGGUGUGGCUGUCUUUCCCGAGCAUUACAACGUCGGUUGGCACAUUACCAGCACUGUGGGCACUGUUGGAGCUGCUGUUGCGGUAGGUAAAAUCCUCGGCCUUGACGUGGCACAACUCCAACAGGCCAUCAGCAUCGCCUCUGUGCAAGUUAUCGGCAUGCAUGAAUCCUUCGGUACAGAGACGAAGCCAUUCCACGUAGGUCGAGCGGCCCAGGCAGGCCUGAUGUCGGCAGUAUUAGCCAAGGCCGGCCUUACUGGCUCGUUAGAAGGUCUGGAAGCAGAGCGAGGGUGGUCCCAUGUUGUCAGCACAAGGGAGAACCUGACAGCAGAAAUCGACACUCUUGGCAGCGUCUGGGAAAUCUCCCUAAACACCUUCAAGCCGUUCCCGUGCGACCGUAUCAUGCAUGCUGCCAUCGAUGGCUGGAUCCAAAUUCACGACCAAGCAGUUCAGAAGCACCUAGACGUCACGAAGAUCACCAACGUAACAGCACGCUGUCAUCCUCGGGUCCUGUUCCUCACAGACGAUCCGGAGCCCACGACCGGGCUAGCGGGGAAGUUCAGCGUGUACCAUGCGGCUGCCGUCUCCUUGCUCUUCGGCCAGGCAACCCCGACUCAGUUCACAGAUGAAGCUGUCCAGAAUUCCACUGUGGUAGCGCUGCGUGAAAAGGUGAAAGUGACAAGCGACGACGCCGUUGAGGAGCAUGAGUCAUUUGUUGCUGCCGAGUUCGAAGACGGUACCAAAUUGGAAGUUCACGUGGAGCAUGCAUUGGGAAGCUAUGAGAAUCCGCUCACCACGGAGCAGUUGAAGGAGAAGUUCUUGGGUCAGGUUGGCAGAGUAAUUGGCGAGGACCGAGCUACAAAAGCCUAUCAAUCCUUUUCCAAUAUUGUUAAGUCCACUGAUGUUGCCGAUUUAGUCAAGGAAUACAAGGAUUGA